CGGCGUGGUCUCCACGAGGCGUGAAACUCGGAGGAGCAAGUCACACCGCGCGGGCGUGGGAGACCAGCGGUGUGGAGACAUCACGGGAAGGAGAAAAGGCCUGGCUGGGACACUGUUGGGUCUUGGGAGUGAAAUGGUGUAUAGCAGCUGCUGCAUCCAGCGUCCCUGCCCGAGCAGAUACUAGAGCUGUUCAAACUUUGACCAGCAGCCAAAAUGGCCCCAGCAGCCCCAGUGGUAGAAAAGGUGCAAGACCCAGCCCCUUCACUAGACUCGGUACCAAUACAGGGAUAGAUUUUUCUCCCUAGGACCCAGUCCAUCACGCCUUUUUCAUGUGAGUAGUUCCAUAAUGGCCAGAGUUGGUAAAGCGUUUUGAAAUCCUUUGAUAAAAGCGGCUGUGGUACAAAACAAACGUCUGGAAAGAUGAGGGUUCUGUAGUGUCUCAAAGGUGAGAAUAUUGUGGUACGACCUUGUGGUAAAAGACACAGAGCAGUGAUUCAGUAAGGGGGAAUGACCCUAUAAAAUCUUGUUGAUUCACUUCCGGGCUACUCUCUGUUGAAACUGCCAGUUGCAAUGGUCCUUUGUGGACCGAUGAUUUAUUCUGACUUUUAUUUUUCUUAAAGGGUAUUAUCAGAUAUUUAGAAAUCUCCCAACAGAUUGUAUAAAACUGCUAAAAGGAGUCUGUGUAGUUCCAGAAUAUUUUCAUGUUAAAAACCUAUGUUCAUAAUUUCCCCUGACAUAACAUGGCAGUUCACUGAAAAGAUACCUUUUGGCAUUCUUUCCAUAACCAGCAGAAAAGAAAUGAGGCCUCUUUUCUACCCUCACCUCUCCCACAGGAAGCAACAUUAUAAUGGCAAAGUGACAAAUUCUAGAGCCCUUAUUCUGUCUUUACUAAGGUUUUGACCUGAAGUUAGGUACAUACCUGCUCAAGCAUCAUUUCAACUCAUUAAACAAGCUUUUUAUUAUUUAAAAGCAGAAGCAAUGAACAAAAUACUGUUUGGUUAGUGGCAAUGUAAACACAGUAAGUGUUACUAAUAAAAAUAGUGUAUGUUAUGGUUCAUAGAUACUUGGGAUGAAUUUUGUGGCCAUGGUGAAAAGACUGAGUGGCUUUAAUAUCAGAAGUGCUAAUACAGUAAUCACGUUUCAUUCUUGAGUUGGCUUUGAAAAGACCGAAUUUUAUAAGCACUGACUUGAGUAGGUAUAUAAUGAGCUUUACAAUUAUAUUGCUUGCAAACUUUGUCACACUCUCUUAAAAUAAUAGUUAAUUUGUGGUUAGUGAUUAUCUGACUGAAAAAUUGAAGAUUAUCUGUAAUUCAAAAAUUUUAGUACACUUGUUUCUCACCUGAAGAUAUUCCACCUUAACACAUAGCUAAUAGUGUUUAGUUCAGCUGUUUUUGUUAAAGUUUAAAUAUAAACAAUAAACUAUGAAUACAGUAACACUGAAUCAACCUGAUACAACAGAGUGCUGUAUUCUCAUUGACUUCAGUGGGAAUGGAAGAUAAUUGGCACCAUAGAGGAUCAGGUCCUAAAAUAUGUGGUGCCUGUCACUGAUGAUGAUAGACUUAUUUGCUGUUUGUGAAUUAUUCUUUGGAGAUGGCCAAAGUUUGUGCCAUUUUUGGAGGAUCCCGAGGAAUUGGAAAAGCUGUUGCACAACUGCUGGCAUGGAAAGGAUACCACUUGGCUAUUAUUGCUAGAAAUCUGGAAGUAGCUCAAACUACUGUGAAUCACCUUGGGGCAGGUCAUAUGGCACUUAGCUGUGAUGUAACCAUGGAGCAAGAUGUCCAAAAUACACUUGAGGAGGUGGAGAAGAAUUUAGGUCAUGUUAAUUACUUGGUUAAUGCUGCUGGAGUCAACAGGGAUGGCUUGUUGCUGAGAACCACAUCUGAAGAUAUGGUAUCCCAAAUUAACACUAACCUUCUGGGGACAAUGUUGACAUGCAAAGCUGCUGUAAGGCAUAUGCUUCAACAGCAUGGAGGUGCUAUUGUUAACAUAGGAAGUAUUGUUGGACUCAAGGGCAAUUCUGGUCAGAGUGUGUACAGUGCCAGCAAAGCAGGAUUAGUUGGAUUUUCACGCUCUCUUGCUAAAGAAGUAGCAAGAAAGAAAAUUCGAGUCAACAUGGUUGCUCCAGGCUUUGUUCAUACAGAGAUGACUGCACAUUUGAAAGAAGAUCAGUUAAAGAAAACUAUUCCUCUUGGAAGAUUUGGAGAGCCUGAUGAAGUUGCACAAGCUGUUGUCUUCCUUCUGGAGUCUCCCUAUAUUACAGGGCAUAUUCUAGUUGUAGAUGGAGGCUUGCAGCUUCUAAUUUAAAUGCUACAACAGUACUUAUAAAAUGACUUGAAUGGAGGAAAAAAUAAACUUGGCUGAUGAAGAUUCUGGGGUGUGUAAUCAAGAUGAUGCUUUCAUGAGUGAACACUUUUUAAUCAAAACAGUAAAAUAAUCAUGUACAAGUUAAAUAGUAAACUCUAGAAUGUAAGGUUGUAAUGUAAUAUGUACAUUGGUCAGUUAACUAAAGCCUGCAUAUAGGAUGCCAAAUGAGGAAAUGCAUGGUGGAUCCAUCAUAGAACUUUUUUUCAUAACUUCUCUGAAGAGGUGGGGAAAUGGUAAUGAUACUAAAUCACACAUUAAAAUUAAAUACAUUUUUUCUGAA